GCAGUACAUAACGAUACCUAUAUCCAGUGCCAAUGCUAUCGCGACAGACUCUACGAUGCGUACAGAAUGCGUCUCCUAGAGCUGGAGUCUGUCACUCGCUCUCGCACUCUCCGCGGUCGCCCUUUGCGAGACCUUUCCAUUCUUCCAGACCAAACCACUUAGUCGCAGAAGCCCUACACCUUUCCGAGGCUGCCUUCCAACAAGUCCACGCCCUGAGUGGAUUAUCAUGGGGCCUUUCUAUCCCACUGACAGCCGCAAUCUUCCGGCUCGCAUGGUUACCUGUCCUCUACGUCACAAAUAAAGCCAGCAAAGAAGAACAAAAACUUGCCGGCAUUUUGAAAGGAUGGCGGCAAGCAUAUCAAUCGCGAGCGGUCAUGAAAUAUCCCGCGGGCACGGAUGACGCUGCGAAAAAGGCAGAAGCUUACGUGCAAACCCAGCUGAAUGCCAAAUUGAAGGACAUGCGAAAGCACACCAAGUACUUGGGAAAGUGGUCGAGGGCUGCGCUUCAAGUUUCCUUCCUGCCCAUCUGGUUCAUCAACGCAGAUGUCAUCAGGCGCAUGUCGGGCGACACUAGAACGGCCCUGUCCGUGUUCACGAAGAUGGGCCAGGAAGCGGAUACAAGCAUAGUAUCCAUCGAGCCAGGAUUACAGAACGAAAGCUUCCUCUGGCUCUCGAACCUUGUCGAGUUCGACCAGACUUGGGGCUUGCCAUUGUUUUUUGCAGCUCUAUCAGGAGCCAGUGUUUGGCAGAUAGUAGGAAAAGACAUCAAAAAGAUGCAAAGCAAAGUCACAGGCAUGAAUCGUGGCGAAGCCAAAACCCGCGAACUUGUGACCUUGCAGUUUUCCCAACUCAUCGCGGCGAGUGCAUUCGUCUUUCCAUUGCUAAUAAUCAGAGGCGAGCUGCCGUCAGCGGUGGUGCUCUAUAUGAUUGGCAGUGUCGGCACGCAAACCAUUCAGCGCCCAUUCGUCAAAUAUGCCCUCGGCAUCAAACCACCCACUGACAAACUGGAGACGCGAAUUCCGAAACUCAAGGGUGAGAAAGAGACAGCCGCAGGAUGACCAAGUAAUGUACUUUGCCGUCCAACAAGAAGAUUACGCUCCGCACAAUGUCACGGACGAAGAGCGAUUGGAACUCUGGUCGUUCGACCAUCGAAGCAAUCGAAGCGUCGUUCGAGCAGACGGAUUUACAAACCUGCAGUUGGGCUUGCGUUGCAGGUCUAUACCAAUUGCACGGCCAUCUUCAGCCGCCCCUGAUCAUCCAGCAUAUCACGGGUCUGCAUGAUCGGAGAGACAGGCUUUCGACAUGAGGCAAAAGCGUGCUAGAGAACAGCACCACCCUCUUGCGACAGGCUUUCAAAUCGAUCAACCACCUUCUGCAGAUAGAUGCUCGUCCUGUGUUUGGAUCGCAUGGAUGAAGGAUGUUGCGACGCGGCGGGUUUAUCUCAGCAGAAGCCCUAUUCCGGGCUGUGGACGAUUUUGACAGGUGACAAGCCCAAAAACCGCUCGAUAUAGCAGACGAAGAUGCAGAAGCACGAGUUACCCAGUGCUAGCCGAUCCUCAUAUUGUAUCUCUAUGAGCUGACCUACUCC